UACUAUAUAAUUUACCAUCUACAUGUCAACAAGGUUAGUUUUGGCCAAAUCCAGGGAGCUAUCAUCGACAAUUAACAUGUUUUAAUUACUACCUCUAGACGUUUUGCCUGCAGGUUGGAAUUCUUAAACUGAGAUGUGAAUUAUUUUAGUGAAAACAAUAAACUGUUAAUAUAUUUAUAACAUAUGCCCUUCACCUUUCCAGCCAUAAUGAAUACUGCCCAUAGUUGUGGUCCAGUGGACGAGGAGCUGGCUAAAGCCGUACGUGCUUGUGAGGAUACAGACAGCAUACUGCCUAUACUUAAGGAAGAACUUAAAUGUACCAUACAAAAAAGACGACUAGCUGAGGGCAAGACAGAACUGACCGUACAAUUCACACCCCCAACCAAACAGGAGCUUAGUCCCGAAGAAAUUAUAAAGAAAGAAAAUAGAAGAGAACAGAACCGAAGGGCUGCUCGGAAAUUCCGCCGGAAACAAGCGGAAUUAGCACGUGGUUUUCAACAGAGAAUUAAACAAUUAGAAACAGAAAAUGUAAGACUGAGAGAACAAUUACGGCGGCUUACCCAGGAAAAGGGCUAUAUACAAGGAAAAGUACAUGCCCAUCACGCCAUGUGUGAAAACAGUGGUGUCCCUGAUGUGUCGAUGUUACUACCGUCACAAUGAUCUCCAUGUGGUGGUCUCCUGUCUGACAUCUGAUUACAACCAAACUACUGACAUUAUUUAUCUCGAUACGCAGUCAUCAGCUUUUAUCUCGUGUGAAUAUGUCUUAUGCAGAGAGGACUGUAUCUCUAAUGUGCCAAUUUAAUCUUGCCUUGAUCAGAAACUGUCGAUAUGAGCUCAUUUCCCCCCGAGAAAUAUGACAAAUUUGAAUAUAACCAUUCCAGAUGAUAUCAAUAACACAUCCAUAUCUAGGUUGCACAACGUUAAUGAUUAUAAUAUAGUAUUGCUGCUAUUGUUUACCAUUAACUUUUGACAUACAUAUUUCUCUCUACAAAAAUACUAUUUAUGUUAUGGACGUCAAUGACGUCAUAAUGUUUUUUUACAUAUAAUUUGUAAUAUUACGCAUUCGAAGAAUUCUUGUCUAACUCUUAAAGUCGUGUAUGUGAUUAGUAAAUUAUGAACGGAAACUGUUGAUGCCGUAUUGGUACUGAGAUGCUUAUCAUUUGUUUUAUAACCGCAUUUAUUUUGACAUUUUAUCGUUAACAUUCUAGUCAAUAAUUAUAAUGUUAUAAUUUCAUAAUCAUUCCGAUAUCAUUACUUACGUAUCCGUCAUGAAGCUGCUUAAUUUAUAAACCUCAAUUACCUCAUAUUUAAGACAUCAACAUAUUACCUCAUUAGACGGGUAGGUGGAUGCCUGAUGUUCUCUUCAUAAGUGAGAGUGCUAAUAUUAUAUCUUAUGUAGGUGGGCAGGUGCUGGCGUUAUAUCUCAUAAAGGCAUGAUAUCCUCUAGAUCUAGUGAGGGAGUUGGAGU